AAAUAAAAAUAAUCAAUUGCCGAUCUUCACAGUCGUCUCGAAAUUUUGCAGAUUUGAAAUCGUUAUAUCGCAGAACGUUGAGAAUUGGGUGUAAACAAUUCUUUGUGCUUUACCGCAGCGAACCUUGGCACGGAAUUGGACAAAAGUUGGAGUUAUCCGCUAAAACUGUCAAGGAAUCUGUCUGUGCUGCUGAUGUGCGUGUGUUGUGUGUGUGUGUCUGUGGCGGUGUGUGCAAUUUUUUUCAUCAGUCAAUCCGCGUGUGUUUUGUGUGUGUGCCCCCGAGAAACGGAACGCGUGGCCCAGGACAAGACAAGACAGGCCGCAAGCCUCCAGUGCAGCAUUAGAUCAGAAGACCACACCAGACCAAGUCUUUGCGGCCGUAGGAACAGUUACUCUUUUAAAUCUUUAAACUUUUUCAACACUAAAUUCUGCCUCCGACGAGCCAGUCUUUACGGAAGAUUCAAAAUUCCUAACCUCAACGGCUUCUCGAGGCCGUACAAUUAUGGGUUUAUAUGACAAGAGUGUUUCUACUACCAGCAGCACUGAGCCAAAUGGAAGCGUAGUCAGAAUCGCCGCCAGCGCCAGCACCGAGGAAGCCACCAGCAGCAGCAACAUUGUCGUCGUCGUCAACAGCAGAAGUCCAGCUCCUCUGUCAUCAGCAUCAGCCUUGUCUUCGUCCUUGGCAGCAGCAGCAGCAGGAACAGGAGCAGGAGCUUCCUUUAUAGCACAGAAAGAGCUCCCUGGAACAGAAGUGGAGAUGUGCUCUUGUGAUAAUCAAAACCUAGCAACAUCCGCUGCGAAUGCAACAACUUCCAAUGGCAUUAAACGUAAACGGCGUUUAAGCAGCACCGACUCCAAUGAUGAUGCAAAGGAUCCCGAACUUGGCUAUGAGCCACCAUCGGCUAAGCGGCAACAGCGUCUGCCUGCCAUCUAUGGCAGCGAUCAGAGCAGCAAUCUCUCCUCGGUGGCCUCAUCUGUGUACACCUCACCUGGCCAGAUCACCCAUGAACUGCUGAGCAUACGCAGUUCGCCGGCAGAUGAGUUGCCGGAGGCCACGCACAGUCCGCUCCCCGACAGCCCCGACAGUCCUCCCAGUCCGGAUCGCGGCUCGGCCAAGCAGGCGCCCGUUGUAGUGCGCUAUGCCGUAGACCAGGCCAGCAGCAACAGUCUGGCAGUAGUGACAGGGCAGCAGGAACCGCAGGAGGAGGAUGAUGAUUUGCUGGAUGAUAGCUGCGAGGAGUCUUCGUACGGCGAGGAGGAAGAUUUGGAGGAGGAGGAUGACGAGGAGAUUAACUCGUCGACUAUUUCGCCAGCCUCCUCAGGCGGCAACCUUCCAAUGCCGAGGUAUGGGUCCCUGCUAUUAGACAUCGCAUGUGGCAUACCACAGCUCGAAGAGUACUCGGGCCUGAUUUGCAUGUCGCCGGCGGUGGAGACCUCGCUACGUCAGUGCCCCCUGCCGGCCCUGGCCUGGGCCAAUGCGGCCGAUGUGUGGAAGCUGAUGUGCCAUCGGGACGAGCAGGAUUCACGUUUGCGCAGCACAACAAUGCUGGAGCAGCAUCCGGGCUUGCAGCCGCGCAUGCGGGCCAUCCUUCUGGACUGGCUGAUCGAGGUGUGCGAGGUGUACAAGCUGCACCGGGAGACCUUCUAUCNUCUGCUUGAAAUCAACAACACUUGCGAUAUAUUCUAUCACAUCCUUAUCGAAACUCAUUCAGAACUGCUGAGCAUACGCAGUUCGCCGGCAGAUGAGUUGCCGGAGGCCACGCACAGUCCGCUCCCCGACAGCCCCGACAGUCCUCCCAGUCCGGAUCGCGGCUCGGCCAAGCAGGCGCCCGUUGUAGUGCGCUAUGCCGUAGACCAGGCCAGCAGCAACAGUCUGGCAGUAGUGACAGGGCAGCAGGAACCCCAGGAGGAGGAUGAUGAUUUGCUGGAUGAUAGCUGCGAGGAGUCUUCGUACGGCGAGGAGGAAGAUUUGGAGGAGGAGGAUGACGAGGAGAUUAACUCGUCGACUAUUUCGCCAGCCUCCUCAGGCGGCAACCUUCCAAUGCCGAGGUAUGGGUCCCUGCUAUUAGACAUCGCAUGUGGCAUACCACAGCUCGAAGAGUACUCGGGCCUGAAUUGCAUGUCGCCGGCGGUGGAGACCUCGCUACGUCAGUGCCCCCUGCCGGCCCUGGCCUGGGCCAAUGCGGCCGAUGUGUGGAAGCUGAUGUGCCAUCGGGACGAGCAGGAUUCACGUUUGCGCAGCACAACAAUGCUGGAGCAGCAUCCGGGCUUGCAGCCGCGCAUGCGGGCCAUCCUUCUGGACUGGCUGAUCGAGGUGUGCGAGGUGUACAAGCUGCACCGGGAGACCUUCUAUCUGGCCGUUGACUACCUCGAUCGAUAUCUGCAUGUGGCACACAAGGUGCUGAAAACGCACCUGCAGCUGAUUGGCAUUACGUGUUUAUUUGUCGCCGCCAAGGUGGAGGAGAUCUACCCGCCAAAGAUAGGCGAGUUUGCCUACGUCACGGAUGGCGCAUGUACCGAGAGGGACAUUCUGCAGCACGAAAAGAUCCUGCUGCAGGCCCUCGACUGGGACAUCAGCCCCAUCACCAUAACCGGCUGGCUGGGCGUCUACAUGCAGCUGAACGUGAACAACCGCACCCCAGCCUCGUUCACGCAGAUCGGCAAACAGCAUGCCACCGAGAAGGCGGCCGAUGAUGCCUUCAUCUAUCCCCAGUUCUCGGGCUUCGAGUUUGUCCAGACCUCACAGUUGCUGGAUCUGUGCACUCUCGACGUGGCCAUGGCCAACUAUCCGUACUCGGUACUGGCUGCGGCCGCCAUUAGUCAUACAUUUAGUCGUGAGACGGCCCUCCGUUGCUCCGGCCUGGACUGGCAGGUGAUCCAGCCCUGUGCUCGCUGGAUGGAGCCCUUUUUCCAGGUGAUCUCCAAGAAGGCCGCUUACCUUCAGGUGAAUGAGCAGAACGAGCAGGUCAGCAAUAAGUUCGGACUGGGCCAUGUCUGUCCCAACAUUGUCACCGACGAUUCUCACAUCAUUCAGACGCACACCACCACGAUGGACAUGUAUGAUGAAUUGCUGAUGGUCCAGGAUGCUAUACACGCGAUGCGAGCACGCACACAGGCCUCGCCGGCCACAGCGCUGCGCGCCCCGGAGAGUGUGCUCACGCCGCCCGCCUCUAGUCACAAGCCCGACGAAGAUCUGGGCGAUGAGGACGAACCAUCGGCAAGCUGCAGCAGCAGUAGCGCCAGAAAGAGCAGCGGAGCCAUCAGUAGCUCCACCUCCUGUCACGCGUCCCAUCGCGAGAACAUUGCCACAGCUGGCAGCAUAAUGGCUGAGAACAGCAGGGGCAAUCGCUGAGAGAUUCAGUUCAAAAACAUCAAACACCACGCCCGCCCACACAGUUUUUACGUUAAGUGUUUCUUAUAAUUAAAUUAUUUAUGUUAAGUGAAAAGUUAUUAGUUGCCUAAUUCCUAUGCUAAAAAAUAUUUAAUUUCAAAUUCUGCAAGCGCCCCUCCCUACCUUUUUUUUGUUUCUUCGGCUUGAUAUUUUUUUCGUGGCCUGAUUUUUUUGCUCAGUUUAAUAUUUAAAUAUGUGUAUUUAUCCAAAAUCAUAAAUAUAAUCUUAAAUGUACACUCCUAACUACCUACAGAUACAAAUAUGCAUAGAGAGCAUAUAGAGGAAAACUGAAUAGACCCUUAGAUUCUAAUAAGGCAAGCCGAAAUCUUACUAUAUCCACAAAUGAAACAAUAAGAGAUUGGAAACCGGAAUGUGUAUAUACAUAAAUGUAUGUAUAAAUUAACUGUAUGAGUAAAUUUGUUGACAAGCGAUCAGAUCCUGUCCCGCAGAGCCAGAGAAGCAGUCAGAGUCAUCCACUCAUCCAAUCACCAAUUAAUCAUUAAGCCCAAGAUUAACCAUACUAAACUGACGGAGAAAGCGAUGGCAGGAAACGCAAAUUACUUGACUAAUCAACUAAAGCUAGUUUAAGUUGAGGGAAAUGUCAGAACCCGAACCUACAUAUGUAUAUGUAGAUGUAGUAACUAAACAGACUAAUGCUAAGCUUUGCAUUUCCAUUCAACAAUUAACCCAACUAACAAUGAAUCAAACAAAGACAACAAGUCCACAGCUGACAUGGAG